AUGGAUACGGAUGCUGAAUUCGAUAGGCUGAUUUUGUUCGAACAAAUUCGCAAAGCCGCCGAAGCGACAUACAUCAAAAACCCUUUAGAUGCCGAUAACUUGACGAGAUGGGGAGGAGCUUUGCUGGAGGUAGCUCAGUUUCAUAACCCCUCAGAUUCAAAGCAGCUUAUUCAAGAUGCCAUCACAAAGCUGGAAGAGGCGUUGUUGAUAGACCCAAAGAAACAUGAUGCGCAAUGGUGCAUGGGGAAUGCAUACACUGCAACAGCGUUUUUGAUUCCGGAUGAGACUGAAGCAAAAUACAACUUUGACUUAGCUACUCAGUUCUUUCAGCAAGCUGUGGAUGAGCAACCGGAUAAUGAACUCUACCAGAAAUCACUUGAAAUGACGUCCAAGGCUCCGCUAUUGCACACACAGGUUCAUCAACAUGGGUUUGGCUCACAGCCAUUGGGUGACGAUGGACCAUCAGCAGCGCCAAGCUCAAUGGGAGGGAAGGGUAAGAAGAAAAGUAGUGAUCUGAAGUAUGAUGUAAUGGGAUGGGUGAUUCUAGCCAUUGGCCUUGUUGCUUGGGUAGGUUUCGCCAAAGCUAAUGCGCCUGUUACUACUCCUCGAUAA